AUGGGUCGUAUGCAUUCAUCUGGUAAAGGUAUGAGUUCUUCUGCCACUCCAUACUCAAGAAAUGUUCCAUCAUGGUUCAAAUUAUCCGCUGAUGAAGUUGUUGAACAAGCUAUCAAAUACGCUAGAAAAGGUUUAACUCCAUCUCAAAUCGGUGUCUUAUUAAGAGAUGCUCACGGUGUUACCUCAUCAAAAGUUGUUACCGGUAACAAAGUUUUAAGAAUCUUAAAAUCUAACGGUUUAGCUCCAGAAAUCCCAGAAGAUUUAUACUACUUAAUCAAAAAAGCUGUUUCAGUUAGAAAACAUUUAGAAAGAAACAGAAAAGAUAAAGAUUCUAAAUUCAGAUUAAUUUUAAUCGAAUCAAGAAUCCACAGAUUAGCUAGAUACUACAGAACCGUCGCUGUCUUACCUCCAAACUGGAAAUACGAAUCAGCUACUGCUUCUGCUUUAGUUAACUAG